CUUGCCAUGUCACAAUCCUAUCUCUUGCAGUCGCAGGCCGAUCAAUUAAAACUUCGCGAAAGAUCAAUCAGAGCCGCCCAAGAACGUUAGCUAAAUCGCUUGCGUCUCUGAAAAGAUAAUUCAGUGCCAUGUGCUGCUGCUGUUUCACUAUAAAUUCACAGGAAGCUGAUGUGCAGAAGAACACUACCCAUGAACUGAUGAACAACCUGCAGUCAGAGAUGGCGUCGCCGCGAAUCUGCUGUUCGGCGCUGCUCGUGCUGCUCCUGGUUUCCUCGUGCAAUGCAGGUGACCACCCGGCCUGCCCGGCGGCGUGGUCGGCGGCGGUGGGGGCGGAGCUGUUCCACGGCGGCGUCGGCGGCGGCGGCGGCGGGGAGGCGCAGUGCAGCGCGGCGGCGCCGCACACGCCGGUGGCCGUGUUCGCGCACGACGUGGACCCGGUGCGGUUCGCGCUGAACCUGGAGUUCGCCGAGGCGGAGUUCUUCCUGCACGCGGCGUUCGGCGUGGGGCUGGACCACCUCGCCCCCAACCUGACGCUGGGCGGCCCGCCGCCGGUGGGCGCCAGGAAGGCCGGCCUCGACGAGCUCACGUGGCGCGUCUGCGCCGAGUUCGCCUACCAGGAGAUCGGCCACCUGAGGGCAAUCCAGAGGACAGUGGGUGGGAUCCCAAGGCCGCUGAUAGACCUGAGCGCACACAACUUCGCCAGGGUAAUGGACGAGGCGGUCGGCUACCACCUAGACCCGCCCUUCGACCCCGACGCCAACAGCCUCAACUUCCUCCUGGCCGUCUACGUCAUCCCUUACCUGGGCAUCAACGGCUACACGGGCACCAACCCGCUGAUCGACGGCUACGCCACCAAGCGCCUCGUCGCCGGCCUGCUCGCCGUCGAGUCUGGCCAGGACGCCGUCGUGCGCGGCCUCCUCUUCGAGCACCGCCGCGAGACAGUGUCCCCCUACGGUGCCACGGUGGCAGAGCUCACCGACCGUGUGUCGGCGCUGCGAAACAAGCUAGGGCAGUGCGGAGUGAAGGACGAGGGGCUCAUCGUGCCAGAGCAGCUCGGCGCUGAGGGGAAGAUAUGCACCAACAUCCUCUCCGCCAACGUCGACUCGCUCUCCUACAGCCGAACGCCGGCAGAGUUGCUUAGGAUACUCUAUCUAACUGGCGAUGAGCACGUACCCGGCGGGUUCUACCCGGAGGGCGCUAAUGGGAGGAUUGCCCGAAUGUUCCUCAAAAAGCCACCUCGCAUUAACCACGGUGUCUAAUUAGCUAUGCCUACAAUUGGUAAAUGGGUCCUAUCCUCCUAUUACCUCACACAUCAAUAUAUAAUGAUAGUGUCAUUAGAAUGAUUAAU